GUGAAAGCUAGUAGCUGUGGUGACCGGAGUUUAAUCGGGAAACCAUUUGGAAGUGUUGGACGGAAAAAACAACCGCCUGUCAAACUGUGACGGUGACUAAACAUCUGCAUCAUUUAGUAACAGAAGAAACUAGUCACGACAAGACAGCAGCACGAGAAGCUAUAUCCACUAGCUAGCUUUCCAGGUCUUGGUCGACAGCCGUGUGUGGCGGGCAGGUUACAGUUGCAUCUUACUUGGCUCCUGUCCACAGCUGUGUUAUAAAUGGGGAACAGUGCUCUUAAGUCUCACCUGGAGACCUCACAGAAGACGGGGGUCUUUCAGCUGACUGGAAAGGGUCUCCCUGAGUUCCCUGAGGAGCUCCAAAGACUGACUGGUAACUUGCGGACUGUGGAUUUGUCCAACAACAAGAUAGAGGUGCUUCCGGCUUCCAUAGGGAACUUUCUACAUAUGAAGAGUUUGACUCUUAACUGUAACAAACUCACGAGUCUCCCCUGUGAGAUAAGCAAGCUGAAAAAGUUGGAGACACUGCUGUUGAAUGGUAACCAACUCCAGCAACUGCCAGCUACCAUGGGACAGCUCAAGGCCCUACGGACCCUCAGCCUGGCAGGGAACAAGUUCAGGGAGUUCCCCCCUGGCCUGGGCACCCUCCGACACCUGGACCUGCUGGACCUGUCCAAGAACCACAUCCAGUCCGUGCCCCCCGAGGUCUCUGCUCUGCAGACCAUAGAGAUCAACUUGAACCAGAACCAGAUCUCGUUGUUGUCUGGGGAUGUAUCCAGGUGUCCCAGACUAAAGGUGCUGCGCCUGGAGGAGAACUGCCUGGAGCUUUGCUCCAUUCCUACCUCCAUCUUGACGGACUCUCAGGUCUCCCUAAUGUCUGUGGAAGGCAACCUGUUCGAGGUGAAGGAUAUGAGGGACUUGGAGGGUUAUGAGACGUACAUGGAGCGUUUCACCGCCACCAAGAAGAAGUUUGCCUGAAGAAGAUCCGUAGACUAAAGCACCCCCUGAAGUCAAUCUUAAAAACUACUAGCUACUAGCUCUCAACCACCCACUCUCUAAGUGGGUGGGUGUGGCUUUAUGACAACAGCAGCUUCUGCAGCAUCAGAGCACAGUGAAGGAGGAUGGCGAUGGAGGGACAGACUUACAGAUGGAUAGACGGACGAACAUGCGGACAGCAGGUCUAUGUUUGGUUGGAUACAAACACCAUCAUCAGAUCACUAAUGGAGGUUACCAGUAUACCAGCAACACAUCCCAGAGACAGCACACUGAUUUAGGAUGCCCACAGAUACUACAUUUAAUCAUACUAAAUUAUCUUCAAAUAAAUGUUUGUCUGUUUAUGAACAAAAUGCACAUUGUACUUUGAGGCAUGACAGUGGGUAGUGAUGUUCCAUUUAAAGUGGCAUGUCGUUGUCAAAUCACUGGUAUAUUAUGGUUUCUAAUCUAUCUAACAAGCACCAUGACUGUAGAAGGAAAGUCCGUUUUGUACAGUAUUAUAUCGAGGAGAUUAUAGUGGAUGUGUUUUGCUUGUCAGUGACACUAAACCUAUGCAGUUGCGCAGAAUUAAGCAUGUCAAGUUAUGUGAAGAU